UUUUUACUUUAUGGAAGUAUUUAUAGGAUUUACUUUUGCUUCUAUUAGGAAGCUAGGCUAAGGGCAGACCACCUUAAUCUAAUAUGGAAGUGAGAUUAUUUCAAACUGGUUUUCAGACUUGGUUAGGUCUGGUCUAUUUCAGGUUCUUUCUUACUCCUGAGGUGACCCUUUCUGUAUCCCAGCUAAAAGCCAAGGUGUUAGGCCUUCCCUCUUUCGUGGGCCCUGCACCCCCUAUUUUAUUUUCUCAAUCAGUGGACUCCUGAAAGCAAGCUCUUCUCAGCUUCUCUGCUUCUUAGUUGCCAUUAUCUGUGUAACUUCUCAGCCUCUGAAACAACUUCCAAAUUGAUGAAUAAGGAUUCUAUAAACCUGGAGAGUAAUCCUAAGAAAAAUUAUCAGAAGAAAGGAAUUUGUAGAACUAAAACUGCAAACAUCCAGAAUCUUGAUGGUGUGCCAAGCCAAAUGUCAACUGGAACUCAACCAAAAACUAAAGUGCUCUCUGAUAAGAGACCCAAAGAAAGAGCGGAAAUUGAGGCGAAAGAAGCAUGUGACUGGCUCCGUGCUGCUGGGUUCCCGCAAUACGCUCAGUUAUAUGAGGAUUCGCAAUUUCCCAUCAACAUUGUGGCUGUCAAGAAUGAUCAUGAUUUCCUUGAAAAGGACCUUGUAGAACCUCUUUGCAGACGACUAAAUACGUUGAACAAGUGUGCCUCAAUGAAACUUGAUGUGAAUUGCCAAAGGAAAAAGGGUGACGACUCCGAUGAGGAAGAUCUUUGUAUCAGCAACAAAUGGACUUUCCAAAGAACCAGUCGCAGGUGGUCUCGUGUGGACGACCUCUACACACUGCUCCCUCGAGGAGACAGAAAUGGGUCACCGGGUGGCACGGGGAUGAGGAACACGACCAGCAGUGAGAGCGUCCUCACAGACCUGAGCGAGCCUGAGGUCUGCUCCAUUCACAGCGAAAGCAGCGGAGGCAGCGACAGUCGCAGCCAGCCAGGCCAGUGCUGUACAGACAGCCCGGUCAUGCUGGAUGCCCCACUGGUCAGCAGCAGCCUCCCGCAGUCCCCCAGAGACAUCCUCAACCACCCCUUCCACCCCAAGAAUGAGAAGCCCACGAGGGCUAGGGCCAAAUCAUUUUUGAAACGCAUGGAAACACUCCGAGGGAAGGGAGCCCAUGGGAGGCAUAAGGGGUCAGGGCGGACAGGUGGCCUGGUGAUCAGCGGGCCCAUGUUGCAGCAGGAGCCAGAGUCCUUUAAGGCCAUGCAGUGCAUCCAAAUACCAAAUGGAGAUCUCCGGAAUUCGCCGCCCCCGGCCUGCAGAAAAGGGCUCCCAUGCUCUGGCGAGUCGAGUGGCGAGAGCAGCCCAUCGGAGCACAGCAGCAGCGGGGUGAGCACGCCCUGCCUGAAGGAACGCAAGUGCCACGAGGCCAACAAGCGCGGGGGCAUGUACUUGGAGGACCUGGAUGUGCUGGCGGGGACAGCACUGCCGGAUGCAGGGGACCAAAGCCGUAUGCAUGAGUUUCACUCCCAAGAGAAUUUGGUGGUGCAUAUUCCCAAGGAUCACAAACCAGGAACAUUCCCCAAGGCACUUUCUAUUGAAAGCCUCUCUCCCACAGAUAGUAGCAAUGGGGUUAACUGGAGGACCGGUAGCAUCUCCCUGGGCAGAGAGCAGGUCCCUGGUGCCAGGGAGCCCCGGCUCAUGGCGUCCUGUCACAGAGCCAGCCGAGUCAGUAUCUAUGACAAUGUCCCUGGCUCCCAUCUAUAUGCCAGCACAGGAGAUCUUUUGGACUUGGAGAAAGAUGACCUUUUCCCUCACUUGGAUGACAUUCUGCAGCAUGUCAAUGGGCUCCAGGAGGUAGUGGAUGACUGGUCCAAAGAUGUCUUGCCUGAACUGCAAACUCAUGAUACGUUGGUCGGGGAACCUGGCUUAUCCCCCUUUCCGUCUCCUAAUCAGAUCACCUUAGAUUUUGAAGGGAACUCUGUCUCAGAAGGUCGGACGACACCCAGUGAUGUGGAAAGAGAUGUAACAUCUCUUAAUGAAUCUGAGCCUCCUGGGGUCAGAGACAGGAGGGAUUCUGGUGUAGGGGCCUCUCUGACCAGGCCAAACAGGCGACUCCGAUGGAACAGUUUCCAGCUGUCGCACCAGCCCCGGCCGGCCCCAGCAUCACCCCACAUCAGCAGCCAGACGGCCAACCAGCUGAGCCUGCUCCAGCGCUUCUCGCUGCUUCGCCUCACGGCCAUCAUGGAGAAGCACUCCAUGUCCAACAAGCACGGCUGGACGUGGUCAGUUCCAAAGUUCAUGAAGAGGAUGAAAGUUCCCGACUACAAAGACAAGGCUGUCUUUGGCGUUCCCCUCAUAGUCCACGUCCAAAGAACGGGACAGCCCCUGCCUCAAAGUAUUCAGCAAGCACUGAGAUAUCUACGCAGCAACUGCCUCGAUCAGGUGGGUCUUUUUCGCAAGUCAGGAGUGAAGUCUCGAAUCCAUGCCCUACGCCAAAUGAAUGAGAACUUCCCUGAGAACGUCAACUAUGAAGACCAGUCUGCUUAUGAUGUGGCGGAUAUGGUGAAACAGUUCUUCCGGGACCUCCCUGAGCCUCUUUUCACCAACAAGCUCAGCGAGACCUUUCUCCAUAUCUAUCAGUAUGUCUCCAAAGAGCAGCGGCUGCAGGCCGUGCAGGCUGCCAUCCUGCUACUGGCCGAUGAGAAUAGGGAGGUCCUGCAGACGCUCUUGUGUUUCCUGAACGACGUCGUCAACUUGGUGGAAGAGAAUCAGAUGACGCCCAUGAACCUGGCAGUGUGUCUGGCCCCCUCCCUCUUUCAUCUUAAUUUGUUGAAGAAAGAAAGCUCUCCACGAGUCAUACAGAAGAAAUAUGCCACCGGGAAGCCAGAUCAAAAGGACCUCAACGAGAAUCUGGCAGCAGCUCAGGGGCUCGCGCACAUGAUCAUGGAAUGCGACAGACUUUUUGAGGUUCCACACGAGUUGGUGGCCCAGUCUCGUAACUCGUAUGUGGAGGCUGAGAUCCACGUGCCAACCCUGGAAGAAUUGGGGACGCAGCUGGAGGAGAGUGGGGCAACUUUCCACACUUACCUGAACCAUCUCAUCCAGGGCCUCCAGAAAGAAGCCAAGGAGAAGUUCAAAGGAUGGGUCACGUGCUCCAGCACGGACAAUACAGAUCUUGCUUUCAAAAAGGUGGGCGACGGGAACCCGCUGAAGCUGUGGAAGGCUUCUGUAGAGGUGGAAGCGCCCCCCUCGGUGGUCCUGAACCGCGUGCUGAGAGAGCGCCACCUGUGGGACGAGGACUUUGUGCAGUGGAAGGUUGUGGAAACUCUAGACAGGCAAACAGAGAUCUACCAGUACGUGCUGAACAGCAUGGCUCCCCAUCCUUCCAGAGACUUCGUGGUUCUCAGGACCUGGAAAACGGAUUUGCCCAAAGGAAUGUGUACCCUGCUGUCCCUCUCUGUGGAGCAUGAGGAAGCCCAGCUCCUGGGUGGCGUGCGAGCAGUGGUGAUGGACUCACAGUACUUGAUAGAACCGUGUGGCUCUGGCAAGUCGAGACUGACUCACGUCUGCAGGAUAGACCUGAAAGGUCACUCCCCAGAAUGGUACAGCAAAGGCUUUGGACAUCUGUGUGCAGCAGAAGUUGCUAGGAUUAGAAACUCUUUCCAGCCCCUCAUUGCUGAGGGCCCCGAAACUAAAAUCUGAGUUUUCCCCAGUGUGACAUCAAACUCAGGGAAGAGGAAACUAAAGUAACGAGUGUGGCAGAGAGUGUGCAUGUGAGAAAGCGAGAGAAAGAGGAACUGAAGGACGUGGCUAAUGCCUAAAAAUGGAAACGUUAAGAAAUUGGAAUGUUGGAGAUGCAAGAAUUUCCAAGAACUUUCUUAGCCUUCCUGGAGAUGGCUACAUCCCUACUAAUAUAAUUUUAAAAUGAGAACAUUUAUAUAUAUUACUUAAAAUUAAAUGGAUUAUUCCUUGUGCAUUGCCUAAUUUGCUAUUUAAAGGCUUCUAAGAAGCAUAUACUUAACUGUAAAUAAAUGUAUGUAUAGCAUAUGUACAUAUGUGUGUAUAUCUCCAUCUUUACUGUAUAUAUGUAAAAUACCAAUUUUAUAUAGAAUUGUGUGUUUUGAAAAGGACCGUGUCUGACUCAGUGAGUCCGUUCCUCACAUAGUUCUUUCCAAGUGGCUCUGGGCCCCAUCUCUCCACUGUCCUGUAAGCUGUGCAGAACCUGCUGCUAACACCAAGGUGUGAACAUGCCCUGACGCCUAACCAAAGAUUAGUUAACCAAAGGAAAAUAACACUAAAGGAGACUUACGUGUUGAUGCUUUGUUUCUGUUAUUCAAAAACUUCGAGUGGAGUUCUGGGAUAAAGCAAGGAAAUAAUAAUUACUCCUCCUUAAAGCAAACGAGGGGGUGAGAAGUCAUUACCAAAUUUAAGGCUAGAUGAGGAGUUGCCACUGGGCCCAGUGAGAUGGAAUUUCAGUGAGAUAUGGACCACCGGAGUCAGUGAGAGUGACUGAAACAGAAGCGAUACCUCUCACUCCCAUGCCCACCACCACAGACGCCAAAUCAAGAUGAAUAUCAUAGCCUUUACUUAUUCACAGCCAAAGGGAGCCCCUGUGUUGUCUCAAGUUUUUAUAAAUAUAUUUCGUAAUGUUAUUAAAUGUCAUUCUAUUUGACCAGUGGCCUAUUUGGUCACAGUUAAUUGGUGUUUCCUUAUUGCACUGAAUUCAACUCCAGACACCAUACAAAGGGAGAUGAUGGCCAUUCCGUUCAUAUCCUAGAUCAUUACAGCUUCAGGGAAUUCAUAUUUUGCUAUGUGUAGGAUACUCUUAAAAUGUAAUUCAUUAAACUUUUACAAUCUGAAAGACAGGGUUUUUAACUAACAUAAGACCAAAACUAUGUUCUUUGGUUAGUUUUAGAAAGUAUAAUCGGGUUUAUUAAUUCUUAAGUGUUUCUUCACUAGCCAGUCCAAGCUACCUACCUAUGCAUUUGUCCCAACCUUAUUUAUUAUUGUACAGACUAAGCAAAUUGACUCCCUUUAGCCAACUGCUAAUGGAUCGAAUGUGCUUUUUAUUGUAAUUCAACAGCUAUGGAGAGAAAGAUAACUUAUUGUGUGUUUGAUUUCAGGGAGAGAGAUUUUCUUUGGUCAUUCAUAAUAGAGAUUGAUAUGAUUUAGCAACUGGUGUUGGAGAAAAAAAGAAAAGCAAAUGAGCGUUUUCAGGUUUUUUUUUAUUAUAUGCAUUUAUAUAACGUUUCUGUGAUCAGCAAUGUGCAAUUAUUUUAUUGAGAGGAAUAAAAAAGCUUUCUAUGAGUUUGGUAUGGUGCGAGGAAAAUCUUACAGUUUGAAUUAUGACCUAGAAAUUUUUCAUUCCCAUGUCUACCUAAGAAGGUAGCAGCAAAUCCAUAAUUUACCUUUUGGGCAAUGCUUUGUGAGCAAAUCAAAGUCACUUCUGCCAUAGCAUCUUGAAUUUAACCAUAUAUGCCAGAUUAUAUGCAUCAACAAGAUCACCAGUGAAGUUUAAUCUAGCUAAACACUGGUCGUGCUCCUGAGAUGGGAUCCUAUGUGUUUGGAAAACGUGAUAGGCACACAAGGAUGAGUGGCUUUGUAUCACCCAGAGAGGUGCUUGUCCAGAUUUCACAUGCACAUGAAUUGCCUGGGGAUCUUGUGAAACUGCAGACUCUGCUCCAAAUAAUCUGGGCUGGGCCUGAGAUUCUGCAUUUCUAAGGAGUGUCAGGGAUGCCUAUGUUGCUGGCCUAAAACCACACUCACUCAGAAACAAGGACCUAGAAGAUCCCUAAAACAGAGUAAUAACAAAUGUGAUUGUAUUUCUGAUUCUCCCUCUCUUCGAAUUAUCUGAUAUUUUUGUUUUUGUGCACAUAGUAAUCAUAUCACCGCUGUCUAACAACACAGUGCAUCUUUUUAAAAAAAGGAAAAGGGAAAAAAAGGAGAAAAAAACGAUGCAUCAAGCUUGUUUGUCAAAUACCACAGUAUUUUAUUCAUUGUUAUCUUGCCAAUGGAAAUAAAGUAUGAUAUUGCAUUUAAAUAUUAUA